AUGCCUUCAGCAGCCACCCCCACCAUCUCCAAGGCUGGCAUCACGACCUCAGCUACUGGCGAGCGCCAUAUCCCGUCUUCAGUCCGCUCUGACGGCUCCAUACGCAAAGAAAUCAAGGUCCGCCCAGGCUACCGCCCACCCGAAGAUGUCGAGCUCUACAAGAACCGCACGGCUGAGGGCUUCCGAAACCGCGGCAAGGGUCCAGUACCAGGCGCCGAGGGCCUGAGUAAAGGGGAAGAUGCCAACAAACCAAGCCCCGCUGCAAACAAGAACGCCAAGCGAAGGGAGGCCAGGAAGAAGGCAGCAGCUUCUGCUGGUGACGGCAAGGAAGAGCCCACGGACAAGCCUGCUGAAAACAAGGAAACUACGGAUGUGAAGCCUGAGCCUGAGAAGCCGGUGGACCCCGAGGCUGAGAGGGAGAAGGAAGCCAAGAAGCUCGCGAAAAAGCUCAGGCAAGCACGAGAGCUCAAGGACAAGAAGGAAAAGGGCGACAAGCUGCUCCCAGAGCAGUUUGAAAAGGUCAUCAAGAUCAACGAGCUGAUUCGUCAGCUGGAGAACCUCGGCUUUGAUGCGCAGGGAGAGAAGAAGAAGAGCGAGACCUGA